CGCACGCGCCUCUCACACGAACACGUUCACCGUUCACGCCUCUCUCUUCAUCUUUCUCAAGCUCAAUUUCCAUUCUGAUUUGAAUUCCAAUGACUCCCACAAAGUUCAUCUCUCAGAUCGAAUUGCUCGCUCCCUUUUCAUUCUGAUCCAAAUUUUUCUCACUACGAAUUCAAAAAUUUGAGCGCCAAUCCCUCCGAUUCAAGCCAAAUUUCUCGUGAAUCCCUCUUAAUCUCACGAAUUUGCGGGAUUCCAGAUUCUGGAAAAGGCUUUUGAAAUGGCAGCGAUUUAUAGUCUUUACAUCAUCAACAAGUCUGGUGGAUUGAUCUACUAUAAGGAUUAUGGGUCAGCUGGACGAAUGGAUACAAAUGAUACCUUACGAGUGGCUAGCUUAUGGCAUUCAAUGCAUGCCAUCUCUCAGCAGCUAUCACCCGUGUCAGGUUGUUCAGGAAUUGAACUACUCCAAGCUGAUACAUUUGAUCUUCAUUGCUUCCAAUCACUAACAGGGACGAAGUUUUUCGCAGUAUGUGAGCCUGGCACUCAACAAAUAGAAAGUUUAUUGAAAUACAUAUAUGAAUUGUAUACGGAUUAUGUUUUGAAGAACCCCUUCUAUGAGAUAGAGAUGCCUAUUCGAUGUGAGCUCUUUGAUAUCAACCUAACUCAGUCAGUACAAAAGGAUCGUGUUGCACUGUUGGGUCAAUAAAUCGCUGCCCUAGACCAAGUGUUGUUGAUGACUGUCUUGUAAGAGAUGCUAUUCUGUUUUAUUGUACCUGUAGUAUUAUGUAUUUUUUACAGAAAAACUUUUUAUGAUCAAAUAUAUGAUAUUCUUCAUUUCCUACCAUGUUUUUCCCAUACAAAUUAUUUGUAUCACUACCUACUUGGUCAUAUUUUUUUAACCA